GGUUGAACUGCCGACAAUCAGUCGUUUGAAUUUGAAAAAAUUCAAAAAUAUUUUUUGAAAAUGAAGCGAAAAGAUAAGUUUUACCCAUUAAAUAUGACCCAGAGAACAGCAGAGGUUAAGGCUGUGGGUGCUUGGGUUCAACCAGAGGUAGAAAAUUCGUAUUCCAACCAUCAAGCAAUCCUGUCAGCUCAGAUAGAGGAAGUAAGGUUGCAACAGAGGCAGCUGGAGAAGGAGCUAAAACUGAGGAGAUUCCAAGCAGAUGUGAGACACAGAGUGAAACAAAUGGCACAGUUAAACAAGAAGAAACAGCUAGAAAAGUCAUACCAAGCAGCUGAAAUGGAGCGUCACAUUGUUCAACAAAGCAGCCAUGCAGCUGAAAAAUCAACCCCUCGUAAAAACAGAUGUAACAUGAGAUCUGAGGACUUUUCAAUUGGAUCUGAUAGUCCAUUUACAAAAGAAUUUCUCAAAGUCAAAAGGGAAAAAGAAGUGAAAGCAUUUUCAGAUCAAAUAAACAAGGUUCACAAAAGCUCCAGGCAAGCCAGGCGCAAUCUGAGUUCAAGACAGGUUGUCAAUGAGAGGUUUGUAGCAGAUGAUCUGCCAGGGGGAAUGUGGAGAGAGUCUGCUACAAGAGAGCACCCUGCUGUAAGGAACACUACAGAGGGCCAUGUCAUUGACCUGGAGAACACCAAUAGUUACCUCCUGAAUGAGGAAAUGCCCCCAGGGGAUGCUCCUUACCCCCUAACUGAACAGCCACCUCAGGGUGAGGAUAUAGAGUCAUGGGAGAGAAGAUUAAAAGAAAUGAGAAAUAGCCUCCCAAAGAUAGUUCGAUUUGAUCUGGAUGUAUCCGACAGAGAUAGUAGGGCCAAGAGUAUUGAAAGAAGAAGUGUUCCUGUUAUGGGUGGCACAGAUAUAGAACGCGCACUUGCUGUGCGGAACAUGCCAUAUAUCAAUCCUGGGCUAGAUAAUGAGGAUGAGAGGAAGCAGAGAGAAAAGCAACGUGCGAUGUUUAGGCGUCUUUUCAUGGAUAUCGAGCGGGAACAGGUGAAGGAGAAUCUUAGGCGGACUCAACACAGGAAGAAAAUUGCAUUACUGAAGAAAGAUAAGGAAGCUGCUAGAAAAGCACAAGAGACCAGAAUACAACAAAAAAUGGAACCAAGGAACCCUGUAACUGGUGAGACACUCCUUGAAGAAUACACAAGGGAGAGGGAGGCUGAGAUAUCCCAGCAACAAUCGGAACUUGAAGAGAGUAGAAGGAUUAAAAAGCAAUUGGAAACUGAAAGAUAUGUACAAGCAUUGAAAACUAACCUCAAAGAGAAGAUGGAGAGACGAAACCUUACCCUACCUGCCUUGUGUUGCUGUGGUCAAGAUAUAUGGGACACUGAUCCAAACACCUGUGCCAAUAAUUGUGUAUUUUACAGAAAUCCGAAAGCAUAUGCCAAGGCCCUACAGUCUCUACUCUCAUCAUGUGACCUCGUUUGAAAUAAAUAAUCCAUGAUCUCAACCCUGCUGCUACCUAGUUUUGGUGCAACCUACGUUUCCUUGGUGACAGACAAUUAAAGGGGCAACAAAGAAUACAGACAUAUUCCUUUUACAAUCCUGGUUUUGCAACGCUCUACCAAUAUGUGUAACAUUAUCUAAGUAAUGAAUGGAGGGGACAUGGCCAUCCAACUUACAUAUCGAACACCCGAGACGUUUUUG